CUCGACACUCACACGCAUCUCGCUCGCCCAUCGCUGUCCACCUCGACAUCGCGGUCUUGCGAUUGCUCUUGCGACACCUGUCAUCUGACUAAUGGCCCUGGACUGAACAGCCGCUUUCGCUGGCCAACGCGCCCUUCUUCGACUGCAGCUCGCGCACCCCUUUCACCUGCAGCCCAACUCAGCCCCAUCUCUGCACGAGAGCGCUCUCCUGAUCUCGCAGUCUGACUCAGCGAGCGCAGCUUGCACUUGUAACUCACCCGCAGCCAGGGAAAUAUAUAGAUAUGGCGUCCAAGAGGAAGCACGCGGCGAUGGAGCCAGAGGAUGUGGAGCCCAUAGACCCGGCUGAUGAGCUGAUGUUCUUGUGCUUGGGCGGCGGUAACGAGGUCGGCCGGUCCUGCCACAUUCUCCAGUAUAAGGGCAAGACAGUCAUGCUCGAUGCUGGUAUGCACCCUGCGUACGAAGGCCUUUCAGCUAUGCCCUUCUACGAUGACUUUGAUCUCAGCACAGUAGACGUGCUUCUAAUCUCACAUUUCCACGUCGAUCAUGCAGCUUCACUGCCGUAUGUCCUGGCGAAGACGAACUUCAAGGGGCGAGUCUUCAUGACACAUCCUACCAAGGCCAUCUACAAGUGGCUCAUCCAGGACUCUGUUCGUGUUGGCAACAUGUCCAGCUCGUCAGAAACCAAGAUCCAGAUGUACACUGAACAAGACCAUCUGAACACCUUCCCCAUGAUCGAGUCGAUCGACUUCUACACCACACAUACGGUUUCUGGGAUACGAAUCACACCAUACCCUGCUGGUCACGUCCUUGGAGCAGCCAUGUUCCUGGUCGAAAUCGCCGGCCUAAAGAUUCUGUUCACAGGUGACUACUCGCGAGAAGAUGAUCGACAUUUGGUCUCCGCUUCAGUCCCCAAGGAAGUCAAGAUCGAUGUUCUCAUCACCGAAUCGACGUUCGGUAUCUCCACACACACACCGCGCGUCGAGCGCGAGACACAACUGAUGAAGGCUAUCACCGACAUCUUGAACCGCGGCGGUAGAGCACUGCUCCCCGUGUUCGCCCUUGGACGAGCUCAAGAGCUGUUGCUUAUCCUGGACGAGUACUGGGGCAAGCACCCACAGUAUCAGAAGGUUCCAAUCUACUACAACUCCAGUCUGGCUCGACGAUGUAUGCAGGUUUACCAGACGUAUGUCGGCGCGAUGAACGACAACAUCAAACGCCUCACCAAGCAGCGAUUCGCCGAAGCUGAAGCAGAGGGCGAUGUUGGACGCCGUGGAGCUUGGGAUCUUCGUUUCGUUCGUUCGCUGAAGAACCUGGAGCGCUUCGACGAUAUGAGUGGCUGUGUCAUGUUGGCUUCGCCUGGUAUGAUGCAGUCUGGUACAUCUCGCGAGCUUCUCGAGCGAUGGGCCCCCGAUCCAAGAAACGGUGUCAUCAUCACGGGCUAUUCGGUCGAAGGCACAAUGGCGAAGCAGAUUGUUCAUGAGCCCGAGCAGAUCCCUGCAAUCAUGACGCGAGCAGCGAAUAACAAUCGUCGCGUAGGCCAGAGAGAGAACGAGCAGAUCAUGAUACCCAGACGUUGUACAGUACAAGAGUACAGUUUCGCAGCCCACGUGGACGGCAAGGAGAACAUGGAAUUCGUGCAGGAAGUUGCCGCGCCCGUAGUUAUCCUCGUCCACGGCGAGAAGGGCAACAUGACCCGUCUCAAAUCCAAACUCCUCGGCUUCAACGCACACAAGACAGUACCUACCAAAAUCUACUCGCCAGCCAACUGCGAAGAACUCCGUAUUCCCUUCAAGACCGAUAAGAUCGCCAAAGUCGUUGGUUCACUCGCCUCUAUCCAACCACCUUUACCUCGCUCGCUCAAAUCACCCAGCGAAGAUGGUGAACCCGACCAAGCUAACGAAGAGAAUAACAACCCAGCGUUGAUAAGUGGUGUCCUGAUCCAGAACGACUUCAAGAUCUCCCUCAUGGCGCCCGAAGACCUAAAAGAGUACGCCGGUCUCACAACAACCACAAUCGUAUGCCGUCAGCACCUCACCUUAUCCGCUGCAGGCACCGAGCUGAUUCGCUGGGCGCUCGAGGGCACAUUUGGCGCCAUCAAAGAAACAGACAUCACCGACGAGGCCGUCAAUGGCAAAGAAACCAACGACCACGGCAUGAAAGAAGACGUCGACGAGGACAUCAGCCGCACAAGCACACAAUUCACGGUCAUGGACUGUGUAAAUAUCCUUGUCAAGCCCGGUGGUCGCGUCGAGGUCUCCUGGGAAGGCAAUGUGAUCAACGACGGCAUUGCUGAUGCUGUGCUUGCUGUUUUGUUCACCGUGGAAAGCUCGCCUGCUGCUGUGCGCCAGUCAUCCCGCCAUCACGCCCACUCGCACGCCCACCCCGAAAAGCCCAAGGAAACAAAACACCACCCUCACGCCACCUCAGACCCCUCCACACGCCUCGCCCGCCUCCUCCUCUUCCUCGAAGCGCAAUUCGGCGAGGACGCCGUGAAUCCAAUCCCAUACCCGCGCUCUUCCCUUUCCAACCCAUCAAACACCGGCACCAACGGCGCCGACAUCGCUCCAGACGCCUCAUCCCCGCCGAACGAGAUCUCCGCUGAAGACAAGGCCGAGCUCAAGAGGCUUCAUAACUUGGGUAUCCCUGUUCCCGGGAUUGAGAUCAAGUUCGAUCGGUUUUUGGCGCGGGUUUGGCUGGAGGAUCUGGAUGUCGAAUGUGCGAAUAAUGCGUUGAGGGCAAGGGUUAAGGCGGUUGUGGAGAGAGGGGUGGAGACGGUGUCUGGGUUGUGGCGGUAG